ACACACACACACACACGCGCGCGCAUGCACACAGACACUCACUAUUUCUUUCUCUCUCAUACACACAAACAUACUCUCACUCUUACACAGACAUAUAUACACAAACAUUUCUCUCUUUGUCUCACACACAUUUACUCUCUUCCUCUCAUCUUUACUCUCUCACUUUCUCAUUGACUCUCUCCCACACACACUCUCUUACACUCACUCUUACACACACACUUACACUUUCUUUCUUUCUCUCUCUCUCUCUCUCUCACACACACAAACAUUCUCUCUCUCGCUCUCUCUCUCUCUCUCUCUCUCUCUCUCUCUCUCUCUCUCUCUCUCACACACACACACACACACGCACACACAGAGAUACGCGCUCGCUCACACACUCCUCCCAGUGCGCUUCAAGUGCUGAGGAACUUCAGCUCUACAGCGCGUGCAUGUCCUCCUGUUGUUGAAGCGCGCGCGUCUCAAACUCAAACGAACAGAGAAUUUUUAUUGAUUUGAUCGCAUUGGCUAAUUGGUUGGAUUGUUCGGUUGGACUGAUCGGUCGAAUUGGUGUGAUUGAUCGAUUUGUGGAGUUUGACUGAUAUUACCAAUGAGUUUCUGUUUAAUUGUCUGACUCUCUCUCGCGCGCGCUGCGGUGGAUGAGAAACAGUGAGGAUGAUAAAGGUGAUGAUGAAGAUUAUGAAGAUUAAGGCCGCUUCGUGGAUAAAGAUAUUUUCAGUUGUUCUGACCCUCACAUGUCACUCAGCAUUUACACAACAUGCACGGAUGGAUGGAGAACCGAGCAUUUUACCAAACCCGAACCCGAACUUAAACCUGAACUUAAACCCUAACCCAAACUCCGCCGCAUCCCUCGCGUUCGUCUUUGAUGUCACGGGCUCCAUGUAUGAUGACCUCCAGCAGGUGAUUGACGGAGCCUCGCGGAUUCUGGAGAAGACGCUGAGCCGCAGGACCCGACCCAUCGAGAACUUUGUCUUGGUGCCGUUCCACGAUCCAGAUAUUGGCCCAGUGUCCAUUACCACUGACCCCAGAAAAUUCCAGAAGGACCUGCAGGAGCUCUUUGUCCAGGGUGGAGGAGAUUGUCCUGAGAUGAGUGUCACGGCCAUAAAGAAAGCUCUGGAGCUCUCACUGCCUGGAUCCUUUAUCUAUGUUUUUACUGAUGCUCGAGCUAAAGACUAUCGACUAAAACAUGAUGUCCUGCAACUGGUGCAGCUCCGCCAAUCCCAGGUUGUGUUUGUGUUGACGGGGGACUGUGGGGACCGAUCCCAGCCAGGUUACAAAGUGUACGAGGAAAUCGCGGCUACAAGUUCUGGACAGAUAUUUCACCUGGAUAAACACCAGGUCAAUGAGGUCUUGAAAUGGGUAGAGCAAACUGUCCAGGCCAUGAAAGUCCACCUGCUGUCAUCUGACCAUGAGAAUGGCCAAGAGAGCCAGUGGGAACUGCCCUUUGACCCCAGCCUCAAGGAGGUCACUGUAUCCCUGAGUGGUCCAGCCCCUCGCAUUGAGCUCAGAGAUCCACUUGGUCGGAGUGUUGGGGAGAGGCAGGGCCUGACAGAACUGCUCAACAUUCCAAACUCUGCUCGAGUGGUCAGCCUGAAGAAUCCUCAUCCUGGAUUGUGGACACUGAAGGUGGCCUGCAGUGGGCGCCACACUCUCAGAGUGACCGGAGUGAGUAAUCUGGACUUCAGGGCCGGAUUUUCCAUUGUUCCAGUCACAGAGUUCAGUAGGACCAGAGAACAGCCCAUCAAAGGUGUUCCAGUGCAUGUGCUGCUGAAGUGUUCUGGCCUGAAGCCCCCAGGUUUGGUCAGUAGUAUGGCAUUGGUGUCCACGACAGGACGUUCACUUCGCUUUACUCCAGUGCCUUUACCUCAAGACAGAGGAGCAGCUGGACUCUGGAAUGUUCCGGGUCUUCGGACACCUUCUCAAGGAUUCUUCCUCAAAGUGAUGGGCAAAGAUAAAGACGGCUAUGAUUUCCAGAGACUCUCCAGUGUGUCAUACACUAACAUCCACCCAGAUGCUCCUGUGGUGACUGUUCCUCCAGUGGUCAGAGUUGUUUCUACGCAGUCUGCUCUGAUUGAGUGUUCAGUGGAAAGUGAUCUACCCUUCAAACUGACCUUCACCAAAGAUGGAGUAAUAAUGGGAGAGGAGGAGGAAUAUGAGUUUUCUGCUAAAGCUUCGUGGGAGAUUUCCCGUGCAUCAGUGACGGAUGAGGGUGUGUAUGAGUGUGUGGCUCGCAGCGCUGCCGGCGUGGGACGUGCACUCACAAACCUCAGAGUGACAGAGACCCCAGGUGUGGCUGUGUUUCCCCUCACUCAGAGCUUCUCUCGGGGGGAUGAGGUCCACCUCUCCUGCUCUGCCUCUGGAUCUCCUACCCCUAAAGUCCACUGGAGCCAUAAUGGCAUACAGCUUAUCGAAAAUCAUCGAAUGACAGUCACUCAGACCGGCACUCUGACCAUCAAAGACACUCAGCCAGAGGAUGCUGGGGACUACAGAUGCACAGCUACCAAUGAGGCGGGCACAGAUUCUCAAUCAGUUACUCUCAGCUAUGCAGAGCCACCCAGUAUAUAUGCUGCACAGACGGUGGUAAUAGCAGAAGUCGGAAGGCAGGCAGUUCUGGAGUGCACAGCCACAGGUGUCCCAAAUCCUGUGGUCAAAUGGAGAAAAGAGCUAGAGUUGGGAACAGUACAGUUGGACAGUAUCCAUGGGGUUCUGCACAUCCGGAAGGUGCAGGAGUCGGACGCUGGAGAGUAUGUCUGUGAGGCAUCCAACCAGGCUGGUUCAUCUUCAGCCAGAGUUACUCUGCAAGUGGGAGCUGCUCCUGUUUUCUCUGAGACUCCUGUGGAUGUAAGUGUUAAUGUUGGUGAUAAUGUGACCCUGCCGUGUUCGGCUCGUGGAUCCCCCCCUCCGGCUUUGACCUGGCGCCGAAAGGAUGGACGUCGGAUUUCCAACCAGUUGUCUGACCCUGCGACCUCUUUGCCCUCUGUACCCCUUCACAUCAACAGUGUUUGGGUGGAUGAUGAAGGUAUUUAUUUGUGUGAGGCCAAAAAUCAGUUUGGUUCCAUCAAGGCCCAGGCCAGGGUAACUGUCACAGGAUUAGCACCACCGGUGUUGGCUCAGGGGUCUUCUGUGGUGUCAGUUGUCCGGGGUGAAUCCGUCACCAUUCCCUGUACGCUUCUGGAUGGGAUUCCACUGCCUGAACGCAUCUGGACUCAUAACGGAAGACAGGUUCACGCCGGUGGUAGAGCCUUCCUCAGGAGUGAUGGCAGCCUUCACAUGGACAGAGCUGCUCUAGAGGAUGGUGGAAAGUAUGUUUGCACAGCAGUGAAUGUGGCAGGAACAGCCAGUUUAACAGUAGUGUUGCAGAUUCAUGUGCCUCCUGAGAUCAGUGGCGGCCCUCUGCAGUUUGAGGCCAAUGAGGGGGUCCCCAUUGCUCUGCCAUGUGAAGCUUCUGGAAUCCCUAAACCCACCAUCAGCUGGUCUAAGGGUGAUGAGCAGCUCCCAGUAGCCUCCACGUUGCUUCAAGCUGAUGGCAGCCUCUACAUUUCCAACCCAAUCGCAGAGCAUAAAGGACGCUAUAUAUGCACAGCUAGGAGUGCAGUGGGUUUUGCUAGUAGAGAAAUUCUCCUCAACAUUAACACCAAGCCCAGAAUCCGUGGUGUUGUUGAGCACAGACGGAUGGUUAAGAUGGUGGCAGAGGUGGGGUCAGAGGUCAUCCUGCCAUGUGAGGUUGAAGGUAGCCCCACCCCUGUGGUGUCGUGGAGCAGAAACGGACAGCCCAUCCCUCCAGUUACAGUAUGGUUUGCUGUCCUUCCCACUGGCUCUCUGAAGAUUACAGAGGUCCAGCUGAUGGACAGUAAACUCUACACCUGCACAGCUUCUAAUCCAGCAGGAAACAUCUCACUGACCUACAAUUUACAUGUUCAUGCAAAGCCGAAGAUCCAGGCUGUGCCGGCUUCUCUGAAGGCUGUGAUUGGCCAGGCAGUGGUGCUGCAGUGUUCAGCCCAGGGUGAACCCCUACCUCAGCUGAGCUGGUUUCAUAAUGGUCGACCAAUCGGCAGCGAGAGAACAUUCGUCAUCCCAACUGUCCAACACUCUGACGGCGGCACAUACAGCUGUGUUGCCAAGAACAGUGCGGGAGAGGACAAGAUACACACACAGCUACACAUCUUAGAGGCACCAUUCUUUAAAGCCGGUGGCGAUUUGGUGAUUGAAACAGUGGCUAAUAGCAGAGUGGUCAUCCCCUGUCCUGCAGAAGGCUCUCCUCCUCCCAGCAUGCGCUGGUUUAAGAAUGGCCUGGAGCUCUUGAUGGACCAAUCAGAGCAUGGCAUAUCUCAGAUACAGAAUGGCUCCCUGCUGAUUGGCUCAGUGGCUGCCAGCCAAAGUGGAGACUACAAGUGUUUAGCUGUAAAUGAGGCGGGUUCUGCAGAGAGGAAAACUCGAGUUAAAGUAAACGUUCCUCCUGAAAUCUGGGGGGAUAAGGUCACUAACCUCACAGUGACCCUCAAACACCCAAUGACUCUCAGCUGUGAUGCACAUGGCAUCCCUAUCCCCUCCAUCACAUGGACUAAAGAUGGCAAACCUGUGCAGGAGUUCCCUGGAGUGUUUCUGCACAAUGGCAAUCGACUGCUGAAGAUUUCUCAGGUUCAGAAUCAACACGCCGGCCUCUUCUCCUGUACUGCCCGCAGCACUGCCGGACAGGCCAGCAAGCUGUACUCCAUAGUAGUGGAAGCUCCUCCAGUGAUUUCCGGUGUGUCUAGACUGCAGGAGCUGAGUGUUUUAUUAGGUCAGCAGGUGGAGAUGGAGUGUCGGGUCACUGGUCAUCCAACACCAACAGUGGAUUGGAGUCUUGAUGGAGAAGUUUUGUCCCGUAAUGGAGAUGUAAAUGUGGAGUUUGGUGAUCAAGGUCAGGUGUUGAAGCUGAAGUCGGUGAGGCUGAGGGAUCAGGGUGUGUUCGAGUGUUCAGCCAGAAACAGCGCAGGAAGACACUCUCGACAGUUUAGGCUGACAGUUCAGGUGCCGCCCACCAUCCGCAGGUCCAGUGAGAGCUCUGAGGUGACUGCAGUUUUGGGCACUCCCACUGUUCUGCUGUGUGAAGCUGAGGGUAAUCCUGAGCCCAGCAUCACCUGGCUGAAAGACGGCAGGCCCAUAGUUUCCAGUUCCCAGUUCACGUACACACAGGCUGGACACAUGUUGCGAAUCGGGGCAGUGAGCAGUGAGGAUGCAGGAACUUACACCUGCAGAGCCUCCAGUCCUGCAGGAACUGCAAUCAUACAUUAUACGCUCGGCAUUCUGGUUCCUCCACAGAUAGAAGGAGCAUCAACAGCUGUGAGUUUUGGUAACAGAGGGCAGAAGGUGCGAAUUAAUGAGACGUUAACGUUGUCCUGCCUGGCCAAAGGAUUCCCAGAACCCACCAUCCAGUGGUUUAAAGAUGGACAGAUAUUGGACAUUUCCUCAGCUGCUGAUCAUCUGCUCCAGAUUGAGAAGGUUUCUCUGUCUGAUCAAGGCCGAUACACCUGUGUGGUUUCUAACUCUGCUGGCGAAGACAAGCGGGACUUCCACAUCACUGUUCAGGUGCCUCCACUCUUCCACCGGACCAAUUACAGCGCUGCUGGAUGGGAGCGAGGGGAGGGAGAUGAGAAAGAAGAGUGGACAGGAGGACAGGAAGGAGACAGUGAAAAACGAGAGGUGGUUUUGGGACACCCUGUCAGUCUAUCUUGUGAAAGUAAUGCUAUCCCACCGCCCCGCCUACGCUGGAACCGAAAUGGACGACAGCUGGGCAGUGCUGAUGGAGCUGUGCUGCUAGCAGGAGGACAGGUUCUGCAGAUCCCUCACGUUCAGCUGGAGGAUGGUGGGAAAUAUACCUGUCAGGCUGUAAACGAGGCUGGAGAAGACCAGAUGCACUUUGACUUGGAAGUGCUUAUUCCUCCUGAGAUAUCUGAGCAGUCUGAGGAGUUUAUGGAGGAGAUCUCUGCUGUGGAGAACUCGACUGUGAUUCUGAACUGUGAUGCCAGAGGAAAGCCUCCCCCGUCAGUGUCGUGGCUCAGGGACGGUCAACCACUCCACAGCGACACACACCACCGCAUCCAAGAGAACGGCAGAGUGCUGGAGAUUGUGGACGUGCAGGUGUCAGACAUGGCUGGUUAUUUGUGUGUGGCGGAGAAUAAGGUUGGAGCAGUGCAGAAGAUAUACAGUCUGUCAGUUCAAGUCCCGCCGAGAAUUAUGGGUGAGAAAGAAGAGGAAGUGAGUGUUGUGGAAGGUCACAUGGUCUCUCUGUUGUGUGAUGUGCAGUCAUACCCAACUGCUGAAAUCACCUGGACCAGAGAUGGUCAGGUGCUGCAGUUUAGCCAAGGUGUUCACAUUCUGCCAGGUGGUCAAAUGCUGCAGUUGUCCAGGGUUCAGCAAAAAGAUGGCGGUCAAUAUGUCUGCACAGCAACCAACUCAGCUGGACAGGACCAGAAGAGCAUCCUUCUGAAUGUCUAUGUCCCACCCACCCUGGUUACAGACUCAGGGUCAGAAGUCUUGACCCCUCAGCUGGGGUCAGCAGUUACUCUGCACUGUGAGGCACGGGGAGUCCCUGAACCCGAGGUCACAUGGUAUCAUAAUGGCCAGCAGCUCUCAGCUGAGAGUGGACUACAGGCCAACCAGAAGCAGCUGAAGAUAGCACAAGUUCAGGUGGCUGAUGGUGGGAUUUAUACCUGCAAAGUCUCUAAUCCUGCCGGGCAGCUGGAGCGCACAUUCAGACUGACCGUUCGAGUUCCUCCGGUAAUAGAAGGACCUCUCCAUGAAACCCUCACGCAUACUCUGGGCUCGAGGGUCCGACUGGUAUGCGACACCACUGGUGUUCCGGCACCCAAGAUCAGCUGGCUGAAGGAUGGCGUGGUUAUUGGCAACAGUGGGCAGGGGAAUGUGCUGGAGUUGGGCCCUCUGGAGCCGUCUCAUGCUGGAACUUACACCUGCAGGGCUGAGAACAGCGGAGGACAAACCCAGAAGGAUUUCUCUCUGACUGUUUAUGUGUCUCCCACCAUUUUGGGUUCAGGCCAGGCUGUUGAGGUUGGAGGGUUUUUGGGGGAAAGUGUCAGUUUCGAGUGUGUGGCGGUGGGAAGCCCUGCCCCCAAACUCCGCUGGCUCAGGAACGGAGCAGAACUGGACUCCAUUCACUCCCAACAUAUCGAAAUCUCUCCAGAUGGCAGUCGGCUGACAAUCCGAGACCUGCGCGCGGAAGAUUCUGGAACAUUCUCUUGUUUGGCUGUCAGUCCUGCAGGCCAGGACAGUCGUAUCUACACUGUGGUUAUACUCGAGCCACCCUCUAUACUGGGUGAAAGCAGUGUCCAGGUUGAACCAGUAGAGGGCAGUGUGGUCACUCUGGAAUGUGAGGUCAGUGGCACACCGUCCCCCCAGAUCAGCUGGCUCAGAGACGGCCGACCACUGCUACUGACCACCAGGAUACACCUGCUGCCCACACAUAGUGCACUCCGGAUUUCCCCUGUUUCUCUGAGCGACUCUGGAGUUUAUGUGUGUGUGGCUCAGAGCAGAGCUGGAUCUGCAGAUCGACAGUUUCACCUUCAGGUUCGAGCUCCACCCACUGUGGACCGUACUGAGCCCACUGAGCAGCUCAGUGUGGUUUUGGGUUCUGUGGUCACUCUUACCUGUGAAGCCCACGGUGUUCCUCCCCCUACCCUCACCUGGCUGAAGGAUGGCCGGCCGCUCCAUUUCAGCCACAACCAACUUCCUGAUGGCCAGGAAACUCGAUUCCAGCUGCCAGCUGUGGAGCGCUCUGAUGCUGGCCUGUACAGCUGUGUGGCCAGCAACCCGGCGGGCAGCAGCACCAAAACCUUCAACCUCACUGUGUUAGAGCCCCCUAAGCUAUCUGGUCCCUUGGGGACCGAGGAUAGGCUGGUGGCAGUAGGUGGUGUUGUGGAGCUGGAGUGCAUUGCGGAAGGCGUUCCUCCUCCAACUCUGAGCUGGCUGAAAGACGGGCGCCCUGUAGAGGACAGUUCUGCUGUGGUGCUGCAAAAUGGACAGCUUCUCAGGAUCAACAACAUUCAGGUAGAGGAUUCGGGUUUGUACACCUGUUUGGCCAGUAGUCCAGCUGGUGAAGAUGGCCGAAACCACUGGGUGCGGGUGCAGCUUCCGCCCACUCUGCUCGGCUCAGGUGACCUCAGAACCGUGUCUGUUCCAGUAAGAGGUCAGGUGACCUUGCAGUGUCAGACCGACGGUGACCCGUCUGCAGAAAUUCAGUGGUACAAGGAUGAGGUUAAACUGCAGUAUGGAGGGCGCAUUCAGAGCAUUGCAGGUGGGCAGUAUCUGGAGAUUGAAGAUGUCAGGCUGCAGGACGGUGGCCAGUACAGCUGUGUAGUGUCCAACAUCGCUGGCAGCUCUAGUCUUUUGUUUGCUGUGGAGAUCAUCUUGCCCCCGGUCAUCCGACAGGGAAGCUCACUGGUUACUGUGCACGUAAGCCAGAAUGCUGUUCUCCCAUGUGAGGUGGAAGGAGAAAACCCCCCUGAAGUGCUGUGGAGGAAAGAUGGGGGGCCAGUUCUUCUCGGCAGUGGCAGGUUCAGCCGGCUGCCGGACGGGUCGCUGCAGAUCAAGUCAGUACAGCCGGUUGAUGCCGGCCGUUAUUACUGCAGCGUCUCCAAUCCAGCAGGCUCAGCUCAGCGCAGCGUGGAGCUCAGAGUCUAUGUUGGACCCACAAUCAGCCCAGGCCCUUUUAAUGUAACACUGACUACAGGUGUGAGAGCAGUUUUGAGUUGUGAGAGCACAGGUAUACCUACCCCACAGGUGAACUGGAGGAGAAAUGGAGAAUCCCUCAACACACAGUCUGGAGCUUACAGGUUAAUGUCCUCUGGGUCUCUGAUCAUAACCUCUGCAACGCAAGAGGAUGAGGGUUAUUUUGAGUGUACAGUAACCAAUGAUGUUGGAGAAGAAAGAAGGAUUAUAGAGGUCAUUCUGCAAGUUCCACCUUCUAUUGAAGAUGAUGUCAGCAGUGUUACAGCCAUUAAAAUGUCCCCCGUGGUGUUGCCUUGUCACGCCACUGGAAAACCAGAGCCAACCAUCAGCUGGACCAAGAAUGGGGCACAGCUGGGCAAUCGAGGAGGCAGUUACAAGAUCCUGCCCACAGGUGUUCUGGAGAUUCUGUCUACCACCCCCAGCCAUGCUGGCAGAUAUACCUGCACUGCCCGCAACCCUGUAGGAGUCGCCCACAAACACAUCACCCUCUCGGUUCAGGAACCUCCAGAGAUCAGACCUAUGCCGGAGGAGGUUGAGGUGGUGCUGCAUCAGGCAGCUGUUCUGCCAUGUGAAGUCCAUGGCUUCCCCAGGCCCACUGUUACCUGGCAAAGAGAGGGUGUUCCAAUUGCAACAGGUAACAGAUUAGCAGUGUUAUCCAGUGGAGCUCUGAAGUUUUCUCGGGUUACUCUGGGGGAUGGUGGCACAUAUCAGUGCCUGGCACAGAACCCAGCGGGUACUACAGUUGGCAGGACACGUCUCAUUCUUCAAGUGCCGCCAGUGCUGUCCGUGACGAAGCAGGAAUAUACGGUUGUGCUUGGCCAUUCGAUCAAUCUGGAGUGUGCAGCAGACGGGCAGCCUAGGCCAGAGGUGAUGUGGCACAGGGAGCGCCGGCCUGUGGUUGAAGGAUCCCACCUGCAGAUUUUCUCCAAUGGAACCUUGCACAUCUCAGCCACCCAGCGCAGCGACUCCGGCCUCUACACCUGCUCAGCCAGGAACAUCGCGGGCAGAGCCAGCCAAGACAUCCGCCUCCUUAUACAGGUUCCACCUAUGAUUCCUGAUGGUCAGUCUGAGGUGUCAGUAAUCCAGGGUUUCCAGGCGCUGCUUCCAUGUGCUGCUCAGGGACUCCCAGAGCCAAGGGUACGCUGGGAGAAGGAUGGCACAGCUGUGCCAAACAUGCCUGGCAAAUUCACUGUGCUCCGUUCAGGAGAGCUAAUCAUAGAGAGGGCAGAGCCUGGAGAUGCCGGUGUGUUCACUUGUGUAGCCACCAACACUGCAGGCUCUGCUCACCACAGCAUCCACCUGGCUGUCAACAUGAGGCCGGCUUUCAAGGAGUUACCGGGCGACAUGACCUUAAAUGUGGGUCAAAGUCUCACUCUGUCCUGCCAUGCUCAGGGAACCCCAACUCCUUUAGUAAAAUGGACAGUCAACAAUUACCCCCAUCCAGCUUCCAGCAUGGAUGAGUCUGGCAGAAGUUCCCUGGUGAUUGAGAACGUAACACUGAGUGAUGGUGGAACCUACGUGUGUGCUGCAGAGAACACUGUGGGCACAGCGAAGGCUCUGUCUUUUGUCCGUAUCACAGAGCCCCCCGUACUGAGAGGUGAAGCCUACAUGUCUCAGACAGUGUCCCGUGGUGGGCUGGCCAUACUGGAUUGUCCUUUUAGAGGAAACCCAGCUCCAGUUCUACAGUGGUACAAAGAUGAUCGCCCUCUGCUGGGAUCUGAACGUCUCCGCCCUCUUCGCAAUGGCUCUCUGGCUUUAUACGGAGCCAAGAGUGGAGAUUCUGGAGAGUACCGCUGUGUGGCUGAAAGUGAAGCUGGAGUCGCAGAGAGGACUAUCUCUCUCAAAGUUCAAAUUCCAGGAGGCUUCUCAAACUGGGAGGAGUGGGGACCAUGCAGCGUCACCUGUGGGCAAGGCACCCAGGAGCGAACCAGAUUGUGCAACAACCCAGCACCAGCCAAUGGAGGCCCACCAUGUGAAGGGCCAAAUGUGGACUUCAGGAAAUGCCAGGUAUCGCUGUGUUCAGGGGAGACUCCUCGGAGGGCUCGUGGGAGUCUCAUAGGAAUAGUAAAUGAGCGAGAGUUUGGAGUGGCUUACCUUGAGGUAAACAUCACAGAGAACCCAGAGCAGCGUACCAGCACCCUGGAAGCCCAUGUGGACAAUAUCCCCCCCAGUGUGGGUCCUCUGAUGCGAAUUCUGGUGUCUGUAUUUGCUCCCAUCUACUGGACUAUUGUGUACCAGACAACAGAAACACACAACGGCUUCUCUGUCAGCCAGGGGCAUUUCAGACAGGAGUCUCAGCUGGAGUUUGACACAGGAGAGAUCUUAAAGCUGACACAUGUUGCAAGAGGUGUGGAUGCUGAUGGUAUCCUGCUGGUGGACAUGGUCAUUAAUGGUUUUAUUCCACCAUCACUGUCGUCGUCAUCUCAGCUCAGUCUACAGGACUUUGAUGAGUCCUAUGUGCAGACAGGCUCUGGGCAGCUGUAUGCCUGGUCCUCUCAAAACCACCUGCAGGAUGGCAGUCCGAUGAUGCUGCGCUGUAAUCACACUCUGCUGUACGAAGGCCCUGCAGAACGCCAGGGGGCGCUGCUGCAACUCCUCAGACUGACGGGCAUCAGUGGGACAUACAGUGCCUUUACCCUUAGUCUAAACUUUCAGAUGACGGCUUCACUGAUUGUGCCAGACGAGGAUGGAGAGACUUGCCCGAAAGGAUUUGUGCUCGAUACAGCCUCAUAUUGUGCCGAUGAGGAUGAGUGCGCUGUGGACUCUGGCUGCUCUCACUCCUGUACAAACAUCAUGGGAGGCUUCACCUGCACCUGCCCCUCUGGCUUCAGCAUCUCUGCACAUUCCAACACCUGCCAAGAUAUAGACGAAUGUGAACAGGGAUCCCACAUGUGCCAUUCAAAUCAGCAGUGUGUGAACACAGUGGGCCGGUACCGCUGCCAGGCUCAGUGCGGACCUGGGUUUAAACCUAGCCCAGUGGGCAACAGCUGUGAAGAUGUGGAUGAGUGCCAAGAGUCGUCAGUGUCACCGUGCCAUCAUCGGUGCUUUAACACACUCGGCUCCUUCCGCUGCUCCUGCCACCACGGCUAUCAGCUGGUGGGACAUCGCUGCCUCGACAUAAAUGAAUGUCUGCAGAGUGUGUGUCCAGGUCACCAGCAGUGCAGAAACACAGAAGGAGGAUAUCAGUGCUUUGACAGCUGUCCUGUAGGCCUGACUCAGGCAGAGGGUGGGGUGUGUGUAGAUGUGGAUGAGUGUCAGGACGGCAGUCACAUGUGUCGCUACAGUCAGAUAUGCCAGAACACCGUCGGCGGGUAUGCAUGUGUGUGUCCCAGGGGCUACCGCUCACAGGGAGUUGGUCGACCCUGUGCAGACAUUGAUGAAUGUGCCCAGACACCAAACCCCUGUGCCUAUAAGUGCCGGAAUGUGCCGGGCAGUUUCCGUUGCGUUUGUCCACCAGGCACUGUGCUGCUUGGGGAUGGGCGUUCCUGCGCUGGUCUGGAACGAGGGCACGUUUUCACCAACAGCACCAGCUUCCGCGCCAGACUGCGGCCGCAGCUGGUGUCCACUCUGGGCCGACCGGUCCUGACUCCGUUCCAGAUAGAUCAUCAGGGAUCCUCUCGCAGCCCCAGACAUGGCUGCCCCCCAGGCUUCACCAAUAAGGAAGGCACCUGUGUGGACAUUGAUGAGUGUUUGUUCAGAAAGCCAUGUCAACAUGAGUGUAGAAACACAGCAGGAAGUUUCCAGUGUUCGUGCCCUCCAGGAUACCAGCUCUUACCCAAUGGAAGAACGUGCCAAGAUAUUGAUGAAUGUACUGCACAAGGUGUACAGUGUGCACCAAACCAAAUGUGCUUUAACACACGGGGGGGUUACCAGUGUGUGGACACACCCUGCCCUGCCAGCUACCAGACAGGAGGAAGCCCUGGAACCUGUUUUAGGCCCUGCUCUCACAACUGUGCUGCUGGAGCCUCGCCCCUCCUGCUACAGUACAAGCUCCUGACUCUUCCCCUGGAAAUCCCAGCCCAGCACAACGUGAUCCGCCUGUCAGCGUUCUCGGAGGCCGGUGUCCUGCAGGAGCGUACGUCCUUCACCAUCCUGGAACAAGAUGGAGAGAUUAAAGGCCAGCUGUUUGGAAUUAAAGAUGAGAAUGGAAGGGGCAUCAUCUUCACCAAGCGUUCUUUAGACCAGCCUGGCCUGGUGAGACUGCGGGUACAAGCCACCACACUGUCCGAGCACGGCCGCAUCACGUACCAGAGUAUAUUCAUCAUUUACAUCUCCAUCUCGGCAUACCCGUACUGACCUCAGCUCAGCACUGAGACACUGCUGAGGGGAACACUCGCCACUCUCCUUCUACUCUUCUGUACAGGGAAUCCUGAUAAAGGGAUUGGUUUCUACACAAACUUUCACAAUAAGAACGGGGAAAAAUGCUUCCAGCUAAGUGCAGUAUUAUAUUGAUCCACAAGGCCUGACUCUCUGUGUCCAGGAUCACCAGGGUCUCUUCACCACUGUUUUUUCCACUGUAAACCGAGUACUUCUCCAUUAAUACUUUUCAUUCCAUUAAAGAUACUGUAUUACUGACUCACUGGUUACUGUGCUUACUGAUGAUAGUUUAUCUGGACUGACUCCUUUUUGUACAAUGUUUUAUUUUUUUAUUAUGAGCAAAAUGCACCGGUCUUUAUUUACUGAUUUUGAGGCGCGAGAAUCCAUUGUAUCAAAUUCUUCCAGAAAUAAAAUGGACAAAAUGUGUCUACUA